UGUGUUCCAAUGAUGUCAUAAUUGUUUGUAGGUUCUAUGUUGCCUAUCAACUUGGCUGUCCUUCAGAAAGUAGAUAAUACUUGUAUUUUCAAACGAUUAAUAAAAAUACUCACAACAAAACAAACGAAAUAGAUUUAAUCCAUUAAUAUGAUAUUGCCAGAUGGAAGAAAAUAACAAGGUAGGCCUAAACUGUAAUAAGAUAUAUCUUAUAGACUGCUUCAGUGCAUUUGGAAAGUAUUCAGACCCCUUGACUUUUUACACAUUUCAUUUUUUACGUUACAGCCUUAUUCUAAAAUGGAUUACAUACAACAUUUUCCUCAUCAAUCUACACACAAUAUCCUAUAAUGACAAAGCAAAAACAGUUUAGACAUUUUUGCAAUUUAAAACGGAAAAAAACAGAAAUACCUUAUUUACAUAAGUAUUCAAACCCUUUGCUAUGAGACUCGAAAUUGAGCACCGGUGCAUCCUGUUUCCCUUGAUCAUCCUUGAGGUAUUUCUACAACAUGAUUGGAGUCCACCUGUGGUAAAUUCAAUUGAUUGGACAUGAUUUGGAAAGGCACAUACCUAAGGUCCCACAGUUGACAGUGCAAAAAUCUAUUUUAAUUCCAGGUUAUAAGGCAACAAAAUAAGGAAAAUGCCAAGGGGGGUGAAUACUUUCGCAAGCCACUGUAAAUGGUUCAGUUCACAUAAACAGUCAUUAUUUUCAGUUUGAGAGAUCAUCCCGGGCUUUGCCCCGUCUGCUGUAGCUGAGAUGUCCCUGGAGGACAUAGAACAACAAGACUAUGAUGUUUCUGACACUGAGACAGUCAGAGCCUUGUCCCAGUCUCUAGACCUGCCUGUCUGUGUGGUGGAUGACCACCUGACCUCUGAAGCUGUCAAUGAGAUGAAGCAAAGCAGCACUGUGGAAACCACAGAAGAAGAGAGCCUCAACAGUGCCAAAAAUCUUGAGUCUUUUUCACUGAUUAUCAACUUCCUGCAGAACCUAACUGAGGAGCAAUGGAGUAGGAUUCGUAAUGGCAUUUCUGACCCGCUGACAAAACAACAGCUUGCCGGCUUGUGUCUGAGGAUUGUCCAGUUUUUAUCGGACAAGCUGAUGCAGAUCAUCAUCCCAGGUCUUUACGAACUACUGGGCAUCCAAGAUGCUGCCUCUCCAUUGUCACAGAGAUCUCUCACAGCGUCACUCACCAGUCUGUUAGACGAUAAGGUUAACACCAAGUCCCGCGUGAGAUUUACUGAGGCUGGUGUACCUAAGAGGCCAGGCAGUCGAAAGUCUUACAAUAGCUUUCGCAUCCCGACUCCCUACCCUUCCUCCAACUGUAUGGAUCAGGAAGAGGAAGAAGAGCAGGAAUCACAACAACUUAAGUUCAAGGAGAUUUACCUGACUAAGGAGAUGGGCAGUCUGGGCAGUGGAAGCUACUGCCCAAAACCAUUGCCCAAGCCAGCCAUGAGAACCUCUCUGUCUGAUGUGCAGAAGAAGACAACCAACUCUGACUCGCCAAGUCCUCUUAGUGCAGGCUCUCCGAAGAUGACCCCUGCUGUAAUGGCAGAAGUGAUUAAAGAUGUCAAGUCGGCCGUAUCAGUGGUCGUUAAGAGUGCCUCCGCUAGCCAAACCUCUCAAGUGACACCGGUAAGGGGAGACUCACAGACCAAGGUGACUGAGAGCAUGGUGAGAGAGCUGGCUGCUAAACUUGAAAAAGUUGACCAAGAGAGCAAGAGUCUAACAGGGCAAGUCAUGACCAUGAUCUCUGACACAAUGGUGGCUUUUGUUGACGAGAACGAACAGAAUUUGCUGAAAGAUCUGAAGGACAAGAUCACGUUUUUGGCAUCGCAUGUUGGCUUCAUUGACGAUCUUGAUGCCCUGUUAGAUUGUAUUAGAAAACUCUCAAGUGAGGAAUUCAAGAGACACCACUCAAGCAGUGAGUGA